AAUCUAAACUUGUACUAGAUUCACAGACACGCACCCUCUCCCACACAAUCCUUCAUACAUUUCUUAUUAUACAAAUCUAAUCCCUCUCUUUUUCCAAAAAUCCCCAAAUGGAUUCCCAAUCUGAAACCCUAAAUUCCUACCAACAGUAUCCUCCGCCGCCGCCGCCUCAAAAUUCUUCAGAUUCAUACUAUCAAAACCCUUCACAAACCAUAGCUCAGGAUCCCCCACCACCGGUUCGUGAAAAUGCCGAGCUGAACAACUCAAAUUCAAACAUUCAUAACUCGCUUGAAACUUCAAUUAAUAAGCCAUUAUUGUCGGGAAAUGGGUUAACCAACACUCAUAGUGGUACCGGUACAGCCGAGAGAGACCAAUCGGGUGGGGAAGAAGAGACAACGAGUAGACGAAGAAGGCGGAGUCGAUGGGACCCACCUCCAACAGAUUCAAGCACGGAUGGUAACAGUAACAGUACUGGCACUACUCAAGGAAAUGAUGGAAGCGGAACCGGGAGGAAGAGGAAAUCGAGGUGGGCAGAUGAUGAACCGAAGCCGUUGAUUCAGUUACCUGAUUUUAUGAAAGAUUUUGCGGGAGGUAUUGAGUUCGAUCCUGAAGUACAAGCGCUUAAUAGUAGAUUACUUGAGAUAAGUCGAAAAUUGCAAUCUGGUUUGCCAUUGGAUGAUCGUCCUGAAGGAGCUCGAUCGCCUUCACCAGAACCUAUUUAUGAUAAUAUGGGAGUGAGGAUUAAUACGAGGGAGUAUCGUGCAAGAGAGAAAUUGAAUAGGGAGAGACAAGAGAUUAUAUCUCAGAUAAUUAAGAAGAAUCCGGCUUUUAAGCCACCGGCUGAUUAUAGACCUCCUAAGCUUCAGAAGAAGCUUUAUAUUCCGAUGAAGGAGUAUCCGGGUUAUAAUUUUAUUGGGUUGAUUAUUGGGCCGAGAGGGAAUACGCAGAAGAGGAUGGAGAAGGAGACGGGAGCGAAGAUUGUGAUACGAGGGAAAGGGUCGGUUAAAGAAGGAAGGUUACAACAGAAAGGAAAUUUGAAACAUGACCCGGCUGAGAACGAGGAUUUACAUGUGUUGGUGGAAGCUGAUACACAGGAAUCUCUUGAGGCGGCUGCGGCUAUGUUGGAGAAGUUAUUGCAGCCUGUUGAUGAAGUACUUAAUGAGCAUAAGAGGCAGCAGCUUAGGGAACUUGCGGCAUUGAAUGGAACGAUUAGGGACGAAGAGUUUUGUAGGCUUUGUGGUGAACCAGGUCAUAGGCAGUAUGCUUGUCCUUCACGAACCACCACAUUUAAAAGUGAUGUGCUUUGUAAGAUAUGUGGUGAUGGGGGACAUCCUACUAUAGAUUGUCCUGUGAAAAAUACUACUGGAAAGAAAAUGGAUGACGAGUAUCAGAACUUCUUGGCGGAAUUGGGAGGGACGGUUCCUGAAUCAUCUCUUAAGCAGAACUCGGCAACUCUUGCUCUUGGUCCUGGAAGCGCGGGCAGUAAUCCUCCUUGGGCUAGCGGUAAUAAUGCGAGUGGUGGUGGUACCUCUUCACACCCUGGAUUAGGGUCAAAUUUAAUGAAGCCAAAAGAAUUUGACGAGACGAACUUGUAUAUUGGUUAUCUUCCCCCUACUAUGGAAGAUGAUGGUUUGAUUAAUUUAUUCUCUCCGUUUGGUACCAUCGUGAUGGCUAAAGUUAUUAAGGAUCGUCUUAGUGGUUUGAGUAAAGGUUAUGGCUUUGUUAAGUAUGCAGAUGUUCAACAAGCUAAUAGUGCUAUUGCUGGAAUGAAUGGUCAUUGUGUUGAUGGAAGAACUAUUGCUGUGAGAGUUGCGGGAAAACCCCCUCAGCCUACGGUGCCUCCAGGUCCUCCUGCUCCAGCAAUGCCCCCAUAUCCUGCUCCUAAUCAGGCUGCCGGAGUUUAUCCUUCUCAGCAUUAUGCAGCAGGUGGUCCCAUUGGCACUACUCCCCCGGGUGGCUAUCCCGGGACUCCAGUUCCUUGGGGACCAACUGUACCUCCACCAUAUGCUGCUUACCCUCCUCCUGGCUCAACCAUGUAUGCUCCUCCUCCUCCGGGUCAAUUUGUUCCUCCAUAUAGUGCACAUUAUCCUCCACCACCAAUGCCAACACCAUCUUCUGGUGUCCAAACUCAGACAGUUUCUUCUGGUGAAAACCAGCAAAAUUACACGUCGUCUGGCGAAACGCAACAAAGUUAUCCUCCCGGAGUGCAAUCUCAUGCACCUGUUCAAUCUCUUCCCAGUUAUACCUAUGGAAAUUCUGUUACUGCUAUGCCACCCCAACCUGCAUAUCCAAUGUCUUCGUACAGCUAUCCUUCGUAUUAUGGCAUGGCACCACCGCCACCACCUCCUCCAACUUUGUCACAGUCUAAUGUAGAUCAUUCACAGAGCAUGGGCAAUGUUCCCUGGGCCUCAAAUCCGCCAGAACCUGCACCUGCACCUCCGCCUCCAGCUCCACCAUCUGCAGACAAAACUCCCUAUGGUACAGAUGCAGAAUAUGAAAAGUUCAUGUCAGAGAUGAAAUGAUGAUGCUUUGUAUUUGCGUGUAGUACAAGGCUGAUUUGUUGGAGCACUUCACGUGAUUUCUUACCUCUUGCCAUGUCUUACUUGUUGGAAGUUUCGGACUUACAUCUUUAACCUUGCUGUACUAUUAUGAUGUUUGCAGAGAGAUGAGGAGUUCAGUCUGAGUUGGAGCAGCUAAUUUGGUGCCUUAUGGAUAUUAAUAAUGUCAAACAUUGGUUUUUUGUCAUAGCUGCCUAGCAUAUGAUUUCGAACUUAUUUAAUUAUUUUGUUGGAUUUUCUUGAUGACUGAUCACUGACAGUUUGUGUUGUGUCUUUUCUCGACUAACAUUCACUGCUCAUCAA